UCAAAAAAUCCCAUUUUCUAAAAAAUUUCCCUUUGAUGCUAUUUAUUUUUCUGUUUAUGUUUGGGGGUGGGGAUCUCCUCUUUCAACUCGUAGCAGCCAGGGAGAAAGUACAGAAACUGAGUCUCGUCACAGAAAGAACGACUUCUACGCUACUUUCCCGCCAAACUCAAAUGCUCUGCUUUUCUCUGCUUCAAAUUCCACAGAUACCUCUCUUAACCCAGUUCCCACUUCAAGUUCCACUGUCUAAAUUUCCGUUUAAAGCACUCCAUUUCUCUCAAAAAUCCUCUCUUCAAAAAGUCGUCACCAAGAAACUUUGUGGGUGUUUUUCAUUUUCUAAUUCUUCUGCUUUUACAUCUCCUGAUGAUGAUUUUGAUGUCGAAUUGGGCCGACUUCUGGCCCUGUUGCCCGAAGAGAUGAGAAGUAGAGUAAGCGAGCACCCGGAGCUCCAUGACUUGGUUGAGGUGGUUAUGGACUUGGGUCGGAGGCCACUCGCGAGGUUCCCAUCUGGGGACUUUGUUUUAUCCGAUUGUCCGAUUACACUACAGGAUCUUGAGCACGCUACUGCACAGGUUGGUGACUUUGCCAUUGACAAUCGAGCAGGCAUCAGUCGGACAUUGCACCGCAUCAGUGCCAUCAGAAAUCGGAAGCAUCAAAUUAUUGGUUUAACUUGUCGUGUUGGUAGGGCAAUACCAGGUAGUGCUAGUUUGCUGAGGGAUUUGGUUCAGGAUGGGGCUUCUAUUUUGCUUAUUGGGCCUCCAGGGGUGGGGAAGACCACAAUUAUCAGGGAAAUAGCUCGAAUGCUUGCAAAUGAUUACAAGAAACGAGUAAUGAUUGUUGACACUUCCAAUGAGAUAGGUGGGGAUGGUGAUAUACCUCAUUCAGGUAUAGGUAAUGCUCGCAGAAUGCAAGUGCCCAAUUCAGAUAUGCAACAUAAGGUAUUAAUAGAAGCAGUUGAAAAUCACAUGCCUCAAGUGAUAAUCAUAGAUGAAAUUGGGACAAAACUUGAAGCAAUGGCUGCAAGUACAAUUGCACAACGUGGGAUUCAAUUAGUAGCCACUGCUCAUGGAGUUACGAUAGAAAAUUUGAUAGUGAAUCCUUCUCUAGAAAUGCUUGUCGGAGGAAUACAGAGUGUGACACUGGGGGAUGAAGAAGCAAAUAGGAGAGGAGUCCAGAAGACAGUGCUAGAGAGGAAAGGACCUUCAACAUUUAGUUGUGCAGUGGAGAUAAUUUCAAAGAAUGAGUUGCGAGUUCAUUGUAGCCUAGAGGCAACAGUGGAUGCCAUUCUCUCAGGUCGUUUACCAAAUGUUGAAGUUCGCAAGAUGAAUUCUCAGGGGUUGAAGGAUAUGGUACAAAUGGAACCUUCUAUUGACACAUCUGUUGAGAAGAAAGAUGAGAUUUUGUUUGAAGAACUCCAGAUGAAAGAUGAAAGGAUUGCAAGUAAUGAGUUCAUUUCUGCAUCUCCUCUAAAUGAGGGCGAGAAUUCUUUAGAAGAUGAAACAACAAUUCGCUUGUAUGUUUAUGGGAUACUGGAGGUGAGUGUGAUUCAAGCGAUCAAUCAGUUGAAAAUGGAUACUGCACUUCAAUUAACUGAUAAUAUAAGCGAGGCAGAUGCUCUGCUUGCCUUGCAGUCCAAGCUCAAGAAGAACUCAGGGAUUCAGGCUGCUGCUAAAUCUCAUGACAUUCCCAUAUAUGUGAUAAAGACAAGCUCAUUGGUGCAGAUAACAAAGGUCAUCAAGGCGUUGGCUAGCGAUUGUGCUAAUGGAUUGAAGGAUUCCAGAUCAGAAGAAAAUGCAAAAUCAUUAGAGAAGACUGAUGCCCUAGAAGAGGCAAGGAUAGCCAUUGAGCAGGUGGUAAUCCCAAAAGGAGAAACUGUGGAGCUACUCCCAAGGCCAUCACAUAUUAUUUUACUUCAAAUGGAUUUCAUCCAAAAAUACCAACUACAGUCAGAAAAAAUUGGUAGAGAGCCAGAUGUACGUCUCUGUAUCCUUCCAUAUCAGGCUAGUUUGGAUGAAGGUAGGAAGUCUAGUGAAUCAGUUGGUGCAGAUAGCAGGCUUGAUGAUUUCCGUGGUACCAUUGGUGAAUUAAAUGGAUCACCCCUCAUUGUGGACAGUUAAUUCAUUGGAUUUCAAUGCAGUCCGUUCAAUUCCCUUAUCCUUUGCUGAGGACCUAACAAACUUGGUUUAUAUUAUCUUGACAACCAUAAAGAAAGGUAUUCUCGUCUUGUCCUCUACUACCGACCUACAGUACUUUUGCCUUUAGUUUUGAACGCCGCAAUUAUUCCAGUGACAGGCAUUUCGGAUGCCUCAAAUUGUGCAUGAGUUGCUUGUCUUUUGUUGACUGAUGUCUAUGGCGAUCCCAUUUGUUUGGGAUUUGUUAUGAAGAGAACUAAUGUUACAUCGAGAGUAACUUGAUGCAAGUUACUUGCACUGUAUGCAGUAUCUGUACAAUAGUUUGGAUUCAACAUUUUUUUUAGUUGUGACAGGAGUUUGUUCACAAGAUUGACCUGUGUUAAGAACGUUCUUGAAAGUUCUGAAAAUUAUGAAAUAGGACUAACUCAUGCUCCCUCUUCUUACAAUUACGUGGGAUGCAUAACUCGUACAGGGGAAGGAGUUCGUGUUAGUUCCAUGUAUGUCUGAUAAA